AUGCUCUACGACCUCAACAUCGCGUGGUCGCCGACCACGCCCCAAGACCGCCUCCUGCAGACUCUCGCCAUGGCCUCGUCUCUGGGCUACGCCACCGUCGCCCUCAACCACACGGUCGAGCUGCCGUUCCCCGCGAAGCCCACCUCCCCGUUUCCGCCUCUCCCCGGCGACGACUCCUCGGCCUCAGCCUCCAAGACGAGGCUGCCCCAUGUAUUGCACCGAGCCACCUUGCCUCUGGCCGACCCCGCCGCGUCAAACUAUCGACUCCCCGCCCUCGCCGCCGUCUACGACAUCCUCGCCAUUCGCCCACUCACUGACAAGGCGUUUCAAAACGCUUGUCUGACGCUCGACAUCCCCAUCAUCUCCCUCGACCUGACGACCCACUUCAACUUCCACUUCCGGCCGAAGCCGUGCAUGGCUGCCGUCUCGCGCGGCGUGCGCUUCGAGAUCUGCUACGCCCAGCUCCUCUCCGCCGACUCUCGCGGCCGCGCAAACUUCAUCGGCAACGUCACGAACCUCUUUCGCGCCACCCGCGGCCGUGGCUUCAUCAUCAGCAGCGAGGCAAAGACGCCGCUGGGUUUGCGCGGCCCCUCGGACAUUGUCAACCUGCUGAGCGUUUGGGGCCUCGCCAGCGAGCGCGGCCUCGAGGGCUUCCGCUCCAUUCCCCGAAGCGUUGUCGUCAACGAAGGCAUGAAGCGCAACGGCUUCCGCGGCGUCAUUGACGUUGUCCAGGUGGCCACCAAGACGGGCAACAACGAUGCUUUGGGCGACGGCACUGAGUCGGCACAAACUUCGGACGCCAACUCGGCGGCCAAGUCGGUCAAGAACCAGAAGCGCAAGAAAGGAGACGACGGCGGUGGUCAGCCUCCGAGCAAGAGGCAGGCCAAGAAGAUGAAGCUGGCAGCACGCUCCGCUGCUUCCAAGUGA